AUGUCUACAUCCCACUCUACUGGCUUCCCUGUCACCACCUAUUCCGUACCCGGCGAGGCCAACAUGCUAGCCAACGACCAAGUGUCCUUCACCCGUGGGCAACAACACAACCAAGCCGAUGUCUCUGACGCCAUAGAGCUAAUGUCAGCCAAAGAUGCCUACAUUUAUUUAUUCUACGAAACAGAAAAAUGCUACCCCCAUGUGUACCACACUCUUUCUUCCAUGCAUACCUUCCUUGCCAUUGACCUCCGAGCAUUUGCGGCUCAACAAUCAGGACUCGAGUAUCUGUCGGGCACUCCAGAUGGAAAAAUUAGUUUUGGAAUCUUUGGAAUGACGCUUGAGGAUGAGCUCCUCGAGUGGGCAGACAGACGUGGCAAGGGCAUAUUUGGAAUUAGCGAGACGGCUGUACGAGUACUCCUCGUCACCCAACAACCUCCACCCACCCAGUUAGCGGGAGAAUAUGCUCCCACCGUCCCAACCAGCCCAAUCUUGCAAGAGUCAAACCACUUCAGUCCCCAUUCCAAUGGAUCGAACCCAAAACCUCGACCAUCCCAGUCGCCUCCGCCUCAACCAGUGCCAAACGCCCAAACCUGUUGUCUGAUGAACCGACGAGGAGCCCAAUGCAGCCGGCAAGAGUUGAUACUCCAGAUCCCCGCCGCCAGAACUCCAUCAAAGUGUCAGUCUCAUACGUUGAAGAAACAGAAAGGCAGUCUGCCUGGCGCAAUGCGCAGUCCUGAGGCUGGCUCUCCUUCUAACCCAAUCAAUGUAGAUGAUGCCAAAAUGAUCGACCAGUUGUACACGGGAACAUAUGACCUGGGAGAUGACAAUCCCCCUACUCCCCAAUUCAACACCUCAUCCAACACCCAACGAAAAUACCACCAAGGUGUUCGCAACAAUGCUCCUUACUGCCAAAUUUGCGGUUGGAGUGACUAUCGCACAUAUUACUGCGAAGCUUACUAUUGCCCCGACUGCAACUGA